AUGGCUCUCCUAUCAUUCAUCCGAAGCGUCUAUGACCACGACACCCUAGACACUCGCUUUCUCACCCCGUCGUCCACUCCCUACCAGACCGUUAUCGAUGCGCGAAGCGAUCCUACCUUGAAAAAAGACCUCGCCUCAAAGGAACGAAGCCGCGCGCAGCCCUCGAAAUGGAAGACUCCCGAGUUCUUUCUAUACUAUCUCGUCAUUAUCGUGGCCCUUCCAUACAUGUUCUGGAUCGCAUACGAUGUUUCGAAGCCAACCGACCCUCGAUAUCCCAAGUUUAGCAGGUUCCUGUCCCCUGGCUGGAUCCCUGGGCGACAAAUCGACGUCUCCGAUGCGCAAUACCACGUCUUCCGAACGAACCUCCCGUACAUGGGCGCUCUCCUACUGUUCCACCCGUUGUUGAGGAAGCUCUGGAACAAGAUAAACCCUCUGCCGGAGCGAAGCCAGGGUGGGCGCAGUAGAUUGGACCAGCGAGCGUCGUUCGAUUUCACAUUCGCAAUCUUCUUCCUUUUCGUUCUUCACGGACUUUCAGCGUUCAAGAUCUUCUUCAUCCUCUGGAUCAACUAUCAGCUGGCCACCAAGCUUCCCCGAAAAUAUGUUCCUGCCGCGACAUGGAUCUUUAAUGUCGGAAUCCUCUUUGCAAACGAGUUGACCCAGGGCUACCGGCUUAGAAUUCUGGCCAGCUUCAUUUCACCUCCUACCAUGGGCGUUGUGGGGAACAGGGUGAGACCGAUCGACUCGGAUUUGAUGAGCCUCGGAGCCAGCAUCGAUAAUACGUUUAGGGGCCUUUUGGCGAGAUGGGAGGUUCUCUUCAACUUGACAAUCUUGCGUCUUAUCAGUUUCAACCUGGACUACUACUGGAGUGUCGAUCGCAGCAACUCUAAUGCUCUCGAGAAGAAGCAAUUGGACCCAGCAAACCUUUCAGAGAGAGACCGUGUCUCCAUCUCGGCCGAUCCCAGAGACUUUAGUUUCCGAAACUACGUCGGCUAUGCGAUUUAUGCGCCGCUAUAUCUGACAGGACCUAUUGUGACUUUUAACGACUUUAUUUGUCAGUCCAAGUACCGCGCUGCUAGCAUCGAGACGAACCGGACGAUUCGAUAUGGUAUCCGCUUCCUGCUCGUGCUGCUUUCGAUGGAGGUGAUUUUGCAUUACGACUACGUUGGUGCUAUCAGCAAGGGAAGGCCGGAAUGGGGCUCAUACACGGCUGCUCAGUUGAGCUUGCUGUCAUUCUUCAACCUACACAUCAUCUGGCUGAAGCUUCUUAUUCCUUGGCGAAUGUUCCGACUCUGGGCGCUCAUUGAUGGAAUCGAUCCUCCCGAGAACAUGGUUCGCUGCGUGAGCAACAACUACAGUACGCAACGUUUCUGGCGAGCAUGGCACCGCUCGUACAACCGAUGGCUGAUCCGGUACAUCUACGUGCCCCUGGGUGGUUCCUCAUUCCGCACCUGGCAGAGCACGGCUCGUUCUAUUAUGACAUACCUCCUCUCUUUCACCUUUGUGGCACUGUGGCACGAUAUCCAGCUACGGCUGCUGAUCUGGGGAUGGUUGAUUGUGCUGUUCAUGCUCCCCGAAUGGAUCGCCGCCUAUUUCUUCCCGCCGCGCAAAUGGGAGAACAGACCGACAGAGUAUCGUAUGCUAUGCUGUGUGGGAAGCGUGGGCAACGUACUUAUGAUGAUCUCGGCGAACCUGGUGGGCUUCGCUGUCGGUGUGGAAGGCUUGCAGAGCAUCAUCCAGAGCAUAUUGCAUGACUGGUCAGGUCUUUUGUUCCUCCUUACGGCAUGCUCAUGCCUUUUCGUGGGCAUCCAAAUCAUGUUUGAGAUUCGAGAGUCUGAGAAGAGACGAGGAGUCUUGUUGAAAUGCUAG